AUGAGCACAAGAAAAAAACGUCCCAAGGCACCCUGGAAAAAAAUCCUGUACGAAAAACAAGACUAUCCAGACAACUACACUGAUCAAAACAUUUUCCUCAAAGACCUCAGAAAAAAUGUAGAUUUUAAAGAAGUCAGCUUGUGGGAAGCUUGCCUUGGAGCUAGCCGACUGUUACAAGAAUUUUUCACCGUAAUUUUAUUUAUUUUAAUUUAUUUGUACAUGGUUAACAAGUGGGUAGAGCCCGGGAUUGUUUUGUAUGGAAUGAGCGGCACGAGCUUUUUGGGGUUUGUCUUUUACCGGAUCGAUUUUACCAACAGUGCCCCGAAGGUAAAGCAACACUCGUUAGGCUACGACAUCAGGACAAUUCUCACAUUUGUCGCUUUUGGUCAACUAUUUUCUCCAGUCCUACACACUUUAACAGACACUAUAAGUACAGAUACGAUUUAUACAAUGACUUUUAUAAUGCUCCUCCUGCAUUUAAUAUUUUUUGACUAUGGGGUUUCCAGCGCCAUGGUUUCUAAAAGCAUUUCACUAAGUGCGGCAAUGUUUGCCUCUAUAUGCCUAGCUUCUCGGUUAACAUCCGCAAACGACGCUUUCGUAUUAUUAACAGUGGCAACUCAAAUAUUUGUACUAUCACCGAUUUUACGUAAAGAACUAAAUCACAAUGUGAUAUUAACUGUGAUUUUGUUUGUGUUGGAUUUUGGCUUUUUAAUACAAGUGUCGUUUUUGAUGAGCUUUUUGUUCCUGUUUGUUGUAGUUUUGGUUAAUCUGAUUUGUCCAGUUUUGUUUGUGAGAUAUCAGAAGCUGAAGGAUAAUAUUUAUGGGCCUUGGGACGAGGCUGUUGUGAAUGAUGCUGAUAAUAUUGUGUUGUAA